AUGAGGAUCCACAGCCUCACCCUGCUCUUAUUCCUUCUUCUGGCUGCUCAGGUGUCAUUGGUGAAGAGCAAAAAGGAAGCAAAGAAUAGACGUGUCAGCAAAGGCACCACAGAUAAAUUGCAUACUCUGGGAGAGACCCAGAUUAAGCCACCCAAGCACCUGACCGAAGGCAAAUUUGUCACUCAAGACCAUGCCAAGUGCAGAUGGGUAGCAACUGAGCAAGAAAAAGGCAUAGCCCUGAAAGUCGAGUGCACCCGACGAGACAACAAGUUUUCGUGUGUCUUUAAGGGCAAUCCAACUUCCUGCCUAGAGUCAAACAAGAAUGUCUAUUGGAAACAAAUUGUCAGGAACCUGCGCUCUCAGAAGGUCCUCUGUGGGGAUGCCAAAACCAUCCUGAAAACUAGAGUGUGCAGAAAGAAGUUUCCAGAAUCCAAUCUCAAGCUGGUGAACUCCACUUUGGUUUGGAACAAGAAACCCAGCCAGGAGUUAAUGGAGCCCUCAUCCAAGGAGCAGAGCAAAUUCAGUGAAGCCUCCCUCGUGGAACUUAACAAAGCCAGAGAGUUAUCCAUUAAGGAACAGAUAAUGACCAAAGAGAACAUCCCCUCUGAAGAGACCCAAACCAUAGUCACCAGUGAUCCCAAGUGUGCAGAGGACCCAGACUUGAUAAAGCAGAAAGUAGCCCUGGACUUCUGUGGGGAAUCCUGGAGCUCUGUCUGCAGAUUCUUCAUCACCAUGAUCCAGGACGAUUCCUGCUAA